UUUUGGGGUUGUUGAGGUUGAACUGUUUAACUAAAGAGUAAAGGCUGCAAUCAGUACAAUGGGUCUUACAAAACUUAUCCAAUAAUUGAACCCACGUGAAGACAGUCGCGGAAUCGUAUAACGACAAACUGAUUAUCAGACAGAGACAAGGAGCAUAAUGUUGUUGCCUAUAAUAUCUUUUUGUCUUGGACAUGUUUCUUUUUUUUUUUUUGGUAGAAGGCUUGGACAUAUUUCUCUCUUCAUUGAGUUACCUUGGUGUCAUAAGCCGUUGCUGAUAGCUGAUAGCACAGUGGAUAUGGAGCAGCAGCAUCAUGUCAUAGUUGAAGCUCAAGAAUUAGAGAAAGAAGAAGUAAAGCCUCAGAAGACAAAGCGAGUGGCUUCCCUUGAUAUUUUCAGAGGUCUCACUGUUGCACUGAUGGUCUUGGUUGAUGAUGCGGGAGGAGAAUGGCCUAUGAUCGGGCAUGCACCAUGGAACGGUUGCAAUCUUGCUGAUUUUGUGAUGCCAUUCUUUUUGUUUAUUGUGGGAAUGGCCAUAGCACUUGCUCUGAAGAAAAUACCAGAAAAGCUAGUGGCCAUCAGAAAGGUGAUUCUAAGGACUCUCAAACUUCUAUUUUGGGGCCUCCUUUUACAAGGAGGUUAUUUCCAUGAUCUUGACAAGCUAAAAUAUGGUGUUGACAUGAAUAGGAUAAGGUUUUGUGGCAUCCUCCAGAGAAUUGCUCUUGCUUACUUGGUAGUGGCAAUAAUAGAAAUAGCAACAAGACAAGCCCAAUCAAAAGGACUACCUACGGGUUGGUUCUCCAUAGUCAAGUUAUACUCGUGGCAAUGGGUUAUCGGCGCAUGUGUUUUAGUAGUUUACUUGGGCACAUUAUACGGAACAUAUGUUCCUGACUGGAGUUUUGUUGUCCAGAACCCGGACAGUGUUGAUUUUGGGAAGACUUUGACUGUAACUUGCAAUGUGAGAGGAAAUUUGAAUCCUCCUUGCAAUGCAGUGGGUUAUAUUGACAGACAAGUACUUGGAAUCAAUCACUUGUAUCCACGUCCGGCUUGGAAGCGAUCCAAGGCCUGCACUAAAAAUUCCCCAUAUGAGGGACCUUUCAGGGGUGAUGCUCCGUCAUGGUGUUGGGCUCCUUUUGAACCUGAAGGAAUUCUGAGCUCAAUUUCUGCUAUUCUCUCUACGGUCCUUGGAGUUCAUUGUGGACAUGUCCUCAUUCAUAUGAAGGAUCACUCAUCCAGACUUUUGCAUUGGGUUGGCAUGGGUCUUGCUCUUUUGGUUUUUGGAAUUAUUCUCCACUUCACAGAUGCUAUUCCUUUAAAUAAGCAAUUAUACACCUUCAGCUAUGUCUGUGUAACCUCAGGAGCAGCCGCGUUAGUGUUCUCUGCUUUCUACAUUCUGGUUGACAUUUUGAACUUGAAGUAUCUAUUUCUGCCACUAAAAUGGAUUGGUAUGAAUGCCAUGCUUGUUUAUGUAAUGGCCGCUGGAGGAAUAUUUGCAGGUUUCAUCAACGGCUGGUAUUACGAGGACCCUCAUAACACACUGAUAUAUUGGAUCAAGAAGCACAUCUUCAUUGGAGUGUGGCAUUCAACCAGAGUCGGAACUCUUCUGUAUGUCAUCUUUGCUGAGAUAUUGUUCUGGGCUAUUGUUGCUGGCCUAUUUCAUCGAUUGGGCAUAUACUGGAAGCUUUAGUUCCAACGGAAUCUGCAUUUUCUGCUUGCUUAUCUAAGAUAAGAUAUAGCAUUGUGCUAGAAACUAGAAAGAGCUUCAGCUAGCCAUCGAUCCCAGUUUGAUUUCCUUAUGAAGUGGCUAAGAAGUUCAAUACAUCUUGCAGUACAAAUGAACAAUACAGAUAUCAUUGGUUCUUGCUUGUAAGAAAGCUUUUUUUUAUUAGAAUUCAUAUUAAUUUUCAUGUUUA